CAUUGCCAGGUGCUUAAUUUUAUUGAUGCAGAAGAGUGUUAACAGGGGUCAGAAGCCACGAUGUCAGGUAAAAACUUUCAUGGACUGAAGGAACAGGCUGAAGGUGCAACAAAAGAUGCUGCAAACACGUUGGGACAGGCUACCCAGGAUGCAGUCAACCAGAUUGCAGAUGCAAGCCAGAAAGCUAUUGACAAGGCUGCCAAGACAGUGCAAGAUGGGGUAGAAAAAGCAACUGGACAAGCUUCAGAAGCAAUGGCUGGCCUUGGGAAAAAAUGUGGAUUUAAGAAAUGAUGCUAAUUUAAGCAACCAGUAUUGCAUGUAAAAAAAUCUCUCUUUGGUCUGCAAUUCCCUACUCCUUUGUGUAGAAAAAUGAAAGCUGUUUGACAUCUGGAUAAUUUCUCUCUCUCCAAAUACAACAUUUUAAUGAAAAAGGGCUCCCUCAUCCUUCUAAUAGGAAAAAUACAUCUUUUAGCACAUCUUGUAUCAUCUGCUCACAAUCUUCAAAACGGCUCAUAGGGCUUCAGCAAUGCUAUUUUCCUGCUCUUACAACAGCACAAUGCUUGUUGCCACAUUUGCUGAGCAUAUUUACAAAACCAGCAAAACUGUUCAUACUCCAGAACACCAGAACAUUUGUGUGAUGAAGCUGAGCUUCCUUCCAGUAAUCAGAAGUUAUGGUGGGGUUAUAUUUCAUGUCAGUUGUUUGUUUGUU